AUGAACUUUGACGCAUCUAAUGAUCGCCCGCUUAAGAAACGACGCUUCUUCGUUGACGACCCUCUCGAUACCGCUGUGACCCCGGCCGAAAAGUCACCAGCUCUCGACGCGUCCUCAUCUGCCUCUACGCAUACGGACCCAAAUUAUAGCGCCAACGGCUCCCCUGCACAAAUUCAGACACAACAGGAGUAUAACUUUUCAAAUGGUGGGCACGCAACGCAGCCAGCGACAGCUGCCGGAACCCGUACACAUCAGGCACAAUCACCGGCCCAUGAUACUCUCAGCGAUUUUGAUACCGAGGCUUUCGUCAGCAUUGUAGGGGAGCAAGUCUCACCGGAGACACUGUCGCAGAUUCGAAAGCUGUCCGAUGGAAGCCUUGAAAAAGCUAUAAAUGUCUACUUUGAUGGAUCGUGGAAGAAUGCAGGGAGCCCUGGCUCAAGUCAGACGACGUUAUUAUCCUGCGAGAGAAACGCUUCACGACCUUCCCCGUUACAUACAUCGAGAGAGCAGGGUACAGGGCCAGCAGAAAAUGGUGCCGAUUCUGUUACAGAACCUAUCUCGCGUUCAAAAUUACAACCUGCACGAAGAUACCUUGGUGCAUUUGGUGUAGAGGCGUGGGCUACCAGGAGUGGAAUUGGAUUGAUCAAGCACGGUGACACUGUCAAUAUUGAGCGUGCAAGAUCCCAGCCUCUUUCUACUCGCGGCCGCACCGGCAAACUUAGAGUCAACCAGAAAGGGGAUGUUCUUACGCGCUUCACAAACACUGCUGGCCAGGAGAUUGGACGAUUACCUCGGGAGACAGCCGAAUGGGUGUCCACCCUGCUCGACCAGAAGAUUUGUGAAUUUCGCGGCGUAUGCGUGUUUGCACCGGACCGGCUCCGAGUGAACGACACCAUUUAUCUGCAGCUCCGGUGUUUCAUGCGAAUAGAAGCUUUCCAGCCAAAGGAACUACCCCAGAAACAAGACGACAAUAGGGCAACUACGAUAUUCGAACAGGAAGAAAGUGCUGAGGAGAAGCAACUGCGUCUUCGCCAGGUCGCUCUAGUGCAACUCUUUGACGAAAUUGGUCUCAAAUCUACAACCCAGGAUGACGAAAUCAAGAAGCAGAGGAAAGAAGGUUUGCUCCGCGCAGCUGAAAUGGCAGACCAGGAGGCCAAAAAGCUUGCGAAGUCUGGUAAUACCGACUCCGGAGACGAGGAACCUGCGGAGCUUGAGCAAGACCAGCUUGAUGCAUUGUACAAAAAGGCGCAGUCCUUCGACUUUAGCAUGCCUGAAGCCCAGCCUCCCUCAUCGUUCGCCAUGGAUCUGCGAAAAUACCAGAAACAAGCGCUUUAUUGGAUGCUCUCGAAGGAGAAGGAUAAGAAAUCCGGGAGAGAGGUCUCGAUACAUCCCCUCUGGGAAGAGUACGAUUGGCCACUGAAAGACGUUGAUGACAAGGACCUGCCGAUUAUUGAAGGGAUAAACCAUUUUUAUGUCAAUCCUUACUCUGGAGAGCUCAGUCUUGACUUCCCUGCUCAAGAACAGCAUUGCCUAGGAGGUAUUCUCGCAGAUGAGAUGGGCCUGGGGAAAACCAUCGAGAUGUUAAGUUUAGUUCAUUCCCACAGAAACCUCCCUCCAACACAGAGUCUUGGUAAUUUGACCAGACUUCCCGUGUCUGGUGUCGUUCCGGCUCCCUAUACAACCCUAGUUGUUGCGCCAAUGUCUCUACUCGCCCAAUGGGAGGGGGAGGCCCUGAAGGCGUCCAGAAAUGGGUCGAUGAAGGUCUUGAUGUAUUACGGAAAUGAGAAAAAUGUUAAUCUACGAGAAAUGUGUUCUGCUGGCAAUGCUGCAGCCCCAAACAUGAUCCUCACGAGUUACGGGGUUGUGAUGUCUGAACACAGAACGCAUCAAGCACUAGCACCGGGGACUUCCUGGACACCUGGAAACCUAUUCUCGGUUGACUUCUUCCGAGUUAUCCUCGAUGAAGCCCAUAUAAUCAAGAAUAGACGGUCGAAGACGGCAAGAGCAUGUUACGACCUAAAAGCAACACACCGAUGGGUUCUCACUGGCACACCCAUCGUCAACCGUUUGGAAGAUUUAUUCAGCUUGGUAAGAUUUCUCAGAGUUGAGCCGUGGAACAACUUUUCCUUUUGGAAGACAUUUAUUACGGCACCCUUCGAGUCUAAGGAGGUCGUGCGUGCGAUUAGUGUCGUACAAACAGUCCUUGAACCCCUGGUUCUUCGGCGUACUAAAUCGAUGAAAACUCCUGAAGGAGAGCCAUUGGUCCCGCUACCGAAGCGGACGAUACGUAUCGAAAAAGUCGAGCUUAUAGAGCAAGAACGGGAAAUCUAUAAUCACAUUUAUACCCGGGCGAAGCAAACGUUCAACAGCAACGUGGCAGCCGGAACACUACUUAAGUCGUACUCAACCAUCUUUGCACAACUCCUACGUCUCCGCCAGACAUGCUGCCACCCAAUUCUCACGCGCAACAAGGCAAUUGUCGCAGACGAAGAAGACGCCGCGGCCGCGGCUGACCAGGACAGUGACCUCAAGGACGAUAUGGACCUCCAAGAACUCAUCAACAGGUUCACCGCAACGACUUCAGAUGCCGAGUCCUCCAACGAACCUCCCGAUCCCUCUAUGAAAUUCACUGCCCACGCCCUCCGUCAAAUCCAGACCGAAUCCGCCGGUGAAUGCCCCAUCUGCUCAGAAGAACCCAUGAUCGACCCCGCCGUCACAGCCUGCUGGCACAGCGCUUGUAAGGGAUGUCUCAAGGAUUAUAUCCAGCACCAAAGGGACAAGGGCGUUCAGCCCCGUUGUUUCUCUUGCCGCGCGGACUUGAACCCGCAGGAUAUCUUCGAGGUCGUCCGCUACCAAUCUCCAAAUACCACGCCUACUGAACAAACGCCCUCAUCUAUAGGGGGCGACAACGUAUAUAGCAGCUCGCAACCACCACCACCACCACGCAUCUCUCUGAGGAGAAUCAACCCGCUCUCCCCGUCAGCACAUACAUCAGCCAAAAUCCAUGCGCUUCUCGCGCACCUCGUGCGCGUCCCGGCCGGCACCAAAUCCGUCGUCUUCUCCCAGUUCACAUCUUUCUUAGACCUCAUAGGUCCGCAGCUGACGAAAGCCGGGAUCUCGUUCGUCCGGCUUGAUGGAACAAUGGCUCAAAAGGCUCGCGCCGAAGUCCUGGCCCAGUUCACGAAGUUUGAAACAUUUACGCAGGAAGAGCUGGACCAGGCCGAAUCGACGUCAGCGCCGUCGGGACUCACCCCAACACCGAAAACACCCAAGCAGUCUUCUUCCCCAUCCUCGCCGACAGUACUACUGAUAUCUCUCAAGGCCGGCGGCGUCGGCCUCAAUCUCACUGCUGCUUCUAACGUCUUCAUGAUGGAUCCGUGGUGGUCUUUUGCCAUCGAGGCGCAAGCUAUUGACCGCGUUCAUAGAAUGGGCCAGCUGCGUGAUGUCAAUGUCGUGCGGUUCAUUGUCAAGGACUCGAUUGAGGAGAGGAUGCUGCGGGUUCAGGAGAGGAAGAUGGGGAUUGCUGGGUCGCUGGGACUUAUGGGAGAGGGCAAUGAGGAGGAGAGGAGGAAAGAGAGGAUCGAGGAAUUGAGGUUGUUGUUUGAGUAG